AUGCCAUCCGCAAUUGCAAUCAAGCAAACACCGGGGAAGCCAGGGCAAGUAUACUACCCAUUGGAAAAAAUAAAUAUCCCGUCCCCUCAACCAUCAGAAACGCAAGUCGUAGUAUCCAUAACAGCCGCCGCCCUAAACCACCGCGACCUCUUCAUCCGCCAACACCUCUACCCCGGUACCGCCUUCGGCGUCCCCCUCCUCGCCGACGGCGCCGGCAUAGUUACCUCAACCGGCUCCUCCCCUUCCGCAAAGAAAUGGCUCAACAAACGCGUUAUCCUCAAUCCAGGCCUAGGAUGGACUUCCGACCCCGAUGGGCCCGAAGGCCCCAAAGGCUAUCUGAUCAUGGGCGGGACCAAAUUCAACCCGGCCGGUACACUGGCGGAAGUGGUGCUGGUGGAGGCGGAGGAGCUGGAGGAGGCGCCGACACAUUUGAGCGAUGCGGAGGCGGCGGCGCUGCCGUUGACCGGGUUGACGGCGUGGAGGGCGUUCUUCACGAAGUCGGGGAAUGCGAAGCCUGGGAGGAACAUAUUGAUCACCGGGAUUGGAGGGGGCGUGGCGCUGAUGGUGCUGUUGUACGGUGUGGCGCAGGGGUGUAAUGUGUAUGUGUCGUCUGGGAGCGAGGAGAAGCUUGCGAAGGCGAAGGAGCUGGGUGCGGCGGGUGGUGUGAAUUACAAGGAAGAAGGGUGGGAGAAGAAGUUGGUGGAGAUAUUGCCGAAGGAUCGGAAGUAUCUGGACGCCAUUGUUGAUGGUGCAGGUGGGGAUAUUGUGUCAAAAGGAGUGAAGCUCCUGAAGGCUGGUGGUAUCAUAUCAAUCUACGGGAUGACGACGAGCCCGAAGAUGCCAUGGCUCAUGAGCGCCGUAUUGAAGAACAUCGAAGUUCGCGGUUCGACUAUGGGGUCAAGAAAGGAGUUUGCAGACAUGGUAGACUUCGUGAACAAGAAGAACCUGAAGCCUGUAGUAUCGAGGGUUGUGAAGGGACUGGACAUUGCAGAAAUUGAUGGACUUUUUGAGGACAUGAAGAAAGCAAGUCAAUUCGGAAAGCUUGUCAUAGAGCUUCCUAGCAGCGGAAACUCUAGUAAGUUGUGA